CUCCGCUGCCGCUAAGCAAACGAAAUUUUUAAUUCGAAUUAGUUAAUUUACUAUAGUUUAUUGCAAUUAUUAUUAAUUAAAAAAUAUACAACCACUUAACCACUUCUUCGACGAACUGCAACAAUAACUUUACUUGAAAUAUUUAAGUGUAAUCGAAUUGUGUGUAAAGAAUACUAGUUGAAGCAUAAAACAUAAUAAAAAGAAAGCAAUUUAACGAACUCUUUUAAAUUAAAUAAACGCAAAGAAUUCUGCUCCACAUACCGAACAAUUUUUGAGUAAAACUGUACGCGCGCAGAUAUACUAUAAUUAACAUAUUGACGUCAUUGCAAAAGCAAAAUCAAAAGGCGAAAAUAUACACUGCAAGAAACAGUCUAAAACAAACAAACAAACACACAAACAAACGAGCAACAAAGAGUAAAUAAACAGUUGAAUGUAUGUUUGUAAUUAAGUAGCGGAGCAGCGAAAAAAACAAUAUUUCUCAUGUCAAUUACAUGACAUGCCAGAACUUGGUCGAAAAGUUUGCGCAAAGACUGCUAUCCAAGGAUUUUGAAUGUAAAUGCUAACCCCUGAAUUGAAUUCAGAGAUGCAAACUUGAGCUGUCGCCUGACCAUUUAGAAUGUUGUGAGACUUUCGUUAAGGUCGGACCAUAAUACAUCACAAUACAUAUGCAUAGAAUUUUGAAACGAUAGCGGCAUAUUUUCAUAUAAAAACCAUUAACGAAAAACCCCUAAAAAAUGGCUGAAAAUACCAUUGAAACGACCUCUAGCAAAGGAUUAGAAGAGAAUUCCGCACACAUAUUGACGCCUCAUAAUGGCGCAGUGCGAAAGUUGGCGCCGGAAAGAGGGCCCAACAGUAAACAGAGCUUCCAGGCGAACAAUAGGCACGAGAAUGUGCCCCCCGUUGGGCGCCAUAAGGAAGAUUGGGAGACAAUUGUCUUGGGCAAGAACAAAUUGAAACGCAAGAAGAAGCUAAGCGCUUCAUUGACCUCAGUGGGGGAUACGGUUAAUCAGGAGAAACGCACACGCAUCGAGGGCAUCCAAUUGAAUUGUCGCGGCAAGUUGCGCCCCAGAGAUACAAACACAUUUGAGCAUUCGGCCCACAAUUAUAAUAGCGCUGCGACAAAGGUGCCCGCAAACAAACAAGCCUCCCCCACCAAGAAAGUGGAACGCCCGGUCCUCGUAGGCGGCGUUAUCACAACCAAUGUAUCGAAUACCACACCGCAGCGCUUCAAGCGCAAAAUGCAGGAAAGUCUGGACACCAUCCAGAAGCUAAACGCCCUCACCGAGCAGCUACGACUGGAAAUCAACGAACUAAAGUCCAGUCUAAUAACCGAACGAAGCGCCGUAAGGGCACUGAGGGCGCAAAACGAUGCCGAUGGUCGCAAAUGGAGAGCCGAGGUGAAGAAACUUCAGAAAAGCAAUCCGCCCACACCACAGAAGAAGGCCCAAGACUUGGCCAACGGAGAGUUGAGCACAAGCACGAGUAUAUCGGCCGAUGGCCUCAUUAACUAUGAAAUUCAAAGACUGACAAACGAGAUUGCCGCGCUAAAGGAAGCGAAUAGAACCAAAGAGGAGAAAUGCCAGAUAAAUGGCGAGGCUGAUAGACGCAAGGCCGCCGAUAUGCGUACAUUAAAAAAUGCAUAUGAAAUCCGAUUGACUCAAAUACAGAAAUCGGCCAAAAUUGAAAUAACACGUUUGCUAGAGGAAAUCAAGACCAAAGAACGUAAUAUAGGACAACUUAAGAAGGACCUGCAAGUGUUGCACAACAGCAAGAAGCAGAGUGAGCAACUACAACACCAGCAACAACAAGAAAAACAAACUAAAAUAUCAACGACGAAAACAAAAACGAACGAAAAGCCAAAGAAACCCACGAAUGCAAUCAAAACCAAAAACGAAACAGAUACAAGCCAGGCUCAAGUUACAAGUGAGAUAACCCAACUCAAGAAUAUUGAGCUAAUCAAUAAUACGAAAAAUGUGCAAAAAUCUCUUGAAAUGCGUACAACAAAAUCACAAAACGGGUCCAAACCGCCCAACACACUGGAGGAAAUGAGCAAAAGACAUGAGCAACUGAUAACCACUGAUGGAUCUGUCAGCACAUGGAUGACGACCACAAAAUGCCGAGCACUGCCGCAGGAUGUCGUCUGCGCCCUGUUCAACAAAGCCACGGCACAGACACAAACACAGGACACGCAGGAGUACAGGCCAAAGGACAAUAAUUCAGAUACGGAUUCUGCUUUGUCAUCGGCGCCACCAUCGAUAAGCCCGCAACCGCCCUCAACUGGCUCGGAUAGCGGUGUAAUGUGGCAGACGAUGCACACGUACAGCAAAGAUCUGGAGAAGUUGCAGAAGGAGGUGGAAAUGUAUCACAAGGAAAAUGAGCGCUUACAAACGGAACUGCAAUUGAUGAAACAGGAGCUGGUAACGGCCGAGAAGGCGGCCCUAGAGGCCAACAAUAAUGCGUAUAUUAAUGAACUGCUUGAGCGGAUCAAGAAACUGGAGGAGCACGAAUUGAAGCUAACGGCGGAAACGAAUGAGUUGCGUGAACAAAACGAACUGCUUGAGUUUCGAAUACUCGAACUGGAGGAUGAUAAGACGGACGAUAGUUGCGAGGGCCAAUGCCAACGGCUGCAAACCCUGCUACAGGACUCCAUCCUGGACGAAAAGGACAAACGUGGUCUGCAGCAGCUGCUUCAGUGUGUGCAACAAUUACAUUUCGAUAUGGAUUUCAUUACAGAUCUAGAAUCGGCCAAAUCGGAGCAACGUUUGAUAACGACAGCCAACAACAACAAUAGCAACAGCAGCAGCAGCAACAACAGUCCAGCCAAGCCGAAUUACGGAACGGUUAACAAUCGAAUUGUUGCCACCGUACAGCCAUACAACAACAGCGCAUCGGGCUGUGGUACGCCGCAGGACUCGCCCAGGAAGCUGCGACAGGCCUGGCAGAGCAACAGUCUCAGCGAGAGCGGAGUUUUCGUGGAGUGUGACUUUGCAGGCGAGCCUUUGUCGAGCUUGGAUCGAAGCACAGGCACACAAACUGAAGUCCAACAGCAAAGCUUGGAGGCCAACGAUUUCAAACGCCUGCAGUACUACAAGGAGCGUUUGGAACUGCUGGAGCGGAAGGUGCUGAUCUACGAGAGCAGUGGAGACAUACAGGCCAAGCACUUGGCCGAUCGUCUGCAGCGCGAAGUGCAGCUUGAGAAGGAGCUGAAGGAGCUCACGGAUCGUGUGGAGUGUCUGCUGCAUGAGAACUCACUGCUUGAGGAGGAGAAGUGCGAGUUCGAGGAGGCCGAUAACGAUUCGCGCUUGCGGCUGCAACGCACAGAAGUGGAAUUGGAAAUUCUGCGGCAACGCAACGUUGAGCUAGAAUUCUCCAAGGAGGCGCUGGGCGCCAAAUACAAAGACUGUCGGGCCGAGUGUAUCAUUCUGCGCGAGGAUUUGGGCACUUUUGAGACACAAGUUCGUAAUCUAGAGGCAGACAGACAACGAGCUAAACAGCAUUUGGUAAACUUGCGCAGAUCCUUGCCAUUGUUCUUGUUAUGUCGUUUAUGGGCAUUGGCCAGAAUGGGUAAUGAAGUAUCUAUGGAGGAGCCACGCACUCCGGCUGGCUCUACCGAACCGACCAGAAAGAGCCCGAGUCCUAGUCGGGACGCCACCAAUAUUCGACCAAGUGGCGGCACUGACAACAGCAUUACUCGUGAAGUUUCCUACCUGAAGGAGGAGGUUAAGAGUCUACGUUGCCAGAUGAAGGAUCUUAACACGCGCCACUACGAGGCCAUGGAGACGGCCGAUUCACACUGGGUGGAUCUGGAGCGCGAAUACAAACAGCGAGAGGAGGCCUAUCGCGCCAAAGAGGCUUGCCUGAAGCAGAAAAUAGCCCGUCUGCAGGAUUGUCUACGUGAAGAUUCACGCGCAGCUGCCGAGAAAAUACAACAGCUGGAGGAGACCGAACAAGGCCUUAAAACUUGCCUCGUGCGUCUAACAAAAGAGCACCGGGACUUACUCGAAGAGCACAAGGGGCUUCAAGCACAAAUCGAGUGCAACAAAGCGCAACAGGAACAGGAGGCGGAGGAGCAAAGACCACUAGCGGAGGCGUUGGAGAACGAGAAGCGACGCAGUCAAGCACUCAUUGAUGACUUGUCCUUCUCCAAGAAACUGCAACAGAACACCGAAGAGCAACUGAAGCAAGAGACAGAUACACUGCGUCAGCAGAUCUUCGACAUGAAGAAGGAAUUCCUACAUAUCGAGGUAACCAAUGGUGAACUAAAGGAGGAGGUUGGCACGCUAGAGUGCAAAAUAUGUGAAAUGCUGUGCCAGCUGAAGGCAGCAGAGGACCGCGAACAUUGUCUAGAGGAUGAGCUGCGCACCAAAGAGGAAUAUAUUCAGGAAUUGGAGCGUAAGAUGGGCACUUGUCCAGAGGGCUUUAGCCUCGCCGACGAAUUAUUCGAUAGUCCAGCCAAGCGUGCCAGACGUGAAGAAAUACAGGACUUACAGUCUGCUAGCCAGGGAUUGGGUUGUGCGUUACGCGACUUAGAGCGGCGCGAACGCGAACUACCCACACAUCGAGACUUCCAGGCCAUUGCUUGCGGCGUGAAGCAAUUGGCAGACACCAUACUCUACGCACAAAAUCCACCCGAAGAAGAGAAAGAGGUGAGUGGUUGCCAAUGUAUGGCUGAGCAAGCGGAAGAUUCCGCAUGUGCCGAAAAGCUCCGCUCGUUGGAUGAGGCGACUAACAAGGCCGAAGAGGCAGAAAAAACGAGCCAAGCCGAUUCGCAGCCAUUUGCUUCGGUGCAGAGCUUAACAAAGUCACAAUCAGCUACCGAGCAGGUAGCUGAUGAGGCAGUUACUGAGGCAGUUGAUCAGGCAGUUGAUCAGGCAGUUGAUGAGGCAGCUGAGCAGGGUGCUGGGGAAGCAACAGUUGAGGAGGAGCCAGUAGAUCAGCCUGUUGAAAAGCCGAAAACACCAUCCGGCUCUAGUUCUCCGGUGAGCGUUUCCAAACGCGGUUCCACGCUUAGUCAAAAGAGUCGUCGCAAGUCGCGUCGGUCCAGCGGUGGUGGUGGUGGUGUCACCUACACUGUGGGCAUGGCUUUAAUUCCGCCGAUAGUGCUGUCCACGUACGAUGGUAAGAAGGAACUCUGUGAGGUGCCAACGGAAAUGCGUCAGCUGAUCGACAGCAGUGGUACGGAGCUGGAAAAGAACUCCGAAGAUAUUAGUGAAACCGGCAAUGUAGAUGGAGUACGACGCAAGCGUCGCACCUGUAAGCAGUUCAAUAAUCGUCGUGUCUGCCGCGGCCGCGUACGUCGAAGUAGCGGCACCAUGGGAAAGGAAUAUUUCUUCGAUGCGACCGGAACUGGACCUUUGAGGAAAAGUUUAUCCUACUGCAGCUUCCAUUCGCUAACUUCCAUGCACUCGGUGCGCUCGGUGUCGUCGGCGUUGUCGAUGAACUCGCUGCACGCCGAGUUCAUUGAGUGGCCGGUGGAACGUUUGGAAGCGCAUGCCUUCGUACAAACCGAACUGGAAACAGAAAGCAAGAUGGUGCAAGUGACACCCGACUGCUGUGAUCAGGAGGUGUUGGCUAAGUCCGACCUAGUUGAUUUGGCCAUGCAGUCUGAGGAGGCCAGCGUGGAGCAUCGCCUGAUGCUGAUGCCUUUGCGCACUCGGGGCUUCGUGGAGUUGUUGCAACGUUGCGUGCAGCAGGAGGAUUUCGACAGCACCGAUUUUCGGGCGCGCCUACUCCACCUGUGGGAGACGAGUGAAGAGUUUCGCGAGCACAUUGAAUUACUUCAGGACCUAUGUAUGGACUGUCCACGACCCCACAAUGCUGAACAACUGGAGAGCUAUGACAAGUUCGUGGCAGUCUUGGGUUGUGUUCGUGCACUUAAGUUUGCGAUGAAGCCCUUCGUUUCACAGCUGCUCAAUGAGAUCGAGGAGAAAAUCAAUGGGCGGCUUAUAAGAUACCACAAUCAUAAGGUGGAGUCUGAGUUCUAUUGCACCAUUUACUAUCCGGUCGAGAGGCGAAAUAAUAUACAGUUAACCGAUUCGAAUGCCCAAUAGCUGUGACUGGACAUGCAUGCUGCUCUGAUCUGUUGAUAUGUUGUAUGUCUAGAUAACUGUAUAGCUGCCAUUUUGUAUCUGUUCACAGAAUUUUCUGGAAAUACCAAAUAUAAAUUCAAAUUGUCUAGUGAA